AUCAAUUUCCUUCAAGAAUGAAUAUAUUCUAUAUAAGGUCGAAGUUGAUAUUGUCUGUGUUUUGUGAAAUAGGACAAAGAUAGUCCCAGAAAUGGAUCAAAUAGUUUCGACCAAACCACCUCUUAAAUUCAAAACUUGUUCUCAAAAGAGAAAAAAUAAACCUUUGAUGGAGAAAAGAAGGCGAGAGAGAAUCAAUAAUUACUUGGAGGAAAUUAAAUCUAUCCUUGUCCAGGCUGGUAAUAUAAAGUCUACCAAAUCCCAGAAAAUAGAGAAGGCAGACAUUCUAGAAAUGGCAGUUGAUUAUUUACGCUGUGUUGAGCGAAAAGACAAUCCAAACCCUAAAACUAUUCUGUCAGAUCAAUCCAAUGAUCAGACAUGUACAAAUAAAUGUCAACAUUUUGAACAGCCAUCAUCAGAAAUAUCGACAGACAUUCUGAAAUUAUUCGAAGGUAAUGGACAAUAUCUGUUCCCUGUGACUUUAAUACAAUUGAGUCCAAGAUCACCAAGUUAUUUCUUAGUUACACAGGGGUCAUCUCAACAUGCCACUAGUACACCAUCUAGGGGAACAUGUCAAAGAUCUCAACAAACUGUUCAACAUGGACCAGAUAGCAACUCAGGGUGCAUUUGGAGACCUUGGUAAUAUAAAGGCAUCAAAUUGCUGUGUUUUUAUUUAGUUUCAGUAUUCUUUGAUCACGAUUCAUGAUCCAAGAUGUGUAUUCUACUAAUAGAAGAAACACAAGGAGGAUUGGCUUCCAGAGUGCAACAUUGAUAUUCUCUCCCAUAUAUGGGCAUGUCAUGAUACAAAGUUCGAGUUCAAACAGUCGCCAUUUUGUUCACUUCAACAUUUGAAUCAUGAAUUUUGGUCUUACUUCCCAAUGAAAGAUUCCAAAACUUACAAGAAAUGAU